GCGCGCCAUGUCCUCCUCGCUCACGCUGCUGGCUUGGCUCGCGUGCUGCUGUCUGGCGGCGGCGCUGGCUAACCGACCCGCCGACCACCGGCUCUUCCUGCGCGAGAUCUUCAGCAAGUACGGCGCGCACGGCGUCAUCACCUUCGAGGGUUUCGAGCACCUCCUUGCCAACCUGGGGCUGGGCCGGCUGCAGUUCGACAAGAACCACAGCGUGGCGCUGCACCGGGUGAACGGCAGCUUCCGGGACGUGCACGACAGCUUGAGGCUGCACAACCACUCGCACGGCAGAGACCGGCGGCACGUGCUGGCGGAGUACGAGCCGGAGCUGAGGCGGCUGGUGGCGCGCGAGGAGGAGGGGAACAGCUCGGCGGAGGGCGGGGGGACGCCCCCCCGGGCCUGCCUCACCCCGCAGGCCAUGCUGGCCAUGUAUGGCCUGCAGCCGUCGCACGCCGCCGUCAUCUCGCCCCUCGCUUUCCUGCACAUGUGCCCCGCCAUCGUGUACGAGCUGGACCAGCGGGCGUGCCGCGCGGCGCCAGCGCGGGACCGCCCCCGGCCAGGCGGCUGGAAGUGGCUGUACGCGGGGUGCAGCGUGCUGGCGGUGAGCGCGACGGGACUGGCCGGCGUGCUGCUGGUGCCGCUGGCGGGCAGCGCCUGCUACCGGCACGUGCAGGCCUUCCUGGUGGCGCUGGCCGCCGGCACGCUCUGCGGCGACGCGCUGCUCCACCUGCUGCCCCACGCUAUCCUGUCCAGCAGGGGGGAGCCCGCGGCCUCGGUGCUGCAGGGAGCGGCUGUGUUCGGCGCUCUCUGCGUCUUCUUCACGUUGGAGGCCGUCUUCAGCGCUCGCGGGCAGGAUGGGUCUGCCAAAGAAAACAAUGCAGGCGGCAAGAAAAAGGCUGAAAAGGAUGACUUGCAAGACGCGACGGAGAUGGGCUCGAUGCUGGAGGGAGGCCGCCACCACCACCACCACACGCCGCGGCACGGCGGCCCGGGCGCGGUGGUGCAGAUGGUGCUGAUGGGGGACGGGCUGCACAACCUCACGGAUGGGCUGGCGAUAGGCGCGGCCUUCGGCGGCGACACUGUCACCGGCCUGGCGACCACCGUCGCCGUCUUCUUCCACGAGCUGCCCCACGAGCUGGGGGACUUUGCCGUGCUCAUAGAGUCCGGAGUGAGCGUGCGACGGGCCGUGCUGUACAGCGUAUUCUCCUCGGUCCUGAGUUUCAUCGGGAUGGCCAUAGGGCUGUGGCUGGGAGACUUCGAAGCGGCCGGCAGCUGGAUCUCGUCGUUCACUGCCGGCACCUUCCUGUACAUCGCUCUGGCGAACCUGGUCCCGGAGAUGAAGGCCUCGCGGGGCGGACUCCCGGGGGCGAUGGUGGCACUACUGCGGGCCGGCGGCGUGGCGACGGGAGGCGCGGUCAUGCUCGCCAUCGCGCUCUUCGAGGACUCCAUCCUCACCAUGUUCGGCUCCUGACGGCUUCCCUCCACUGUAACACACAUUUCAAACAAUACCCCGUUCCUAGGGACACCUGUAUUUCGCGAUUUCAUUUCAUGUCAAGGUGUUUCACAUAACACUGUAGCUUUUUCUAAGAGUCGUGGCAAAUUGUGAGGGUGCAGCAGUACGGUGACCACAUUCUCAUUGGCCCCGUCAAGAGCGGGACGACACCUCUCACCGACCUCAGCCAAUAACCACAGGAGAAAAGCUACAGUAUUUUGUGAAAUACCUUGACACGAAAUGUAUUCGCGAAAUACAGGUGUCCCUACCCAUUCCUAAAGUUUUGGAAGUUUUCUGAUGUACACGCACUUGCAUCAAAUAUUGACAGACUGUAUAAAGGCUACAUACAAAUAAAAAAUUAUAUAAGUACUUUA